AUGUCGUCUUCAACCAAGCAAAAGGAGCCAUUUUGGCUCGGCGGUGCUGCCGCUUCCAUGGCCGUUUGCUUCACCCACCCACUGGACCAGACCAAAUAUCGUAUGCAAGUCCUCAAGUCAAGAGACUCCAUGUUCCGUGCCAUGUACCGAUUUGCAGCGCGAGACGGCAUUCCAUCCCUUUGGUCUGGUCUCUCAGCGUCUAUCGUGCGACAGUCGAUGUAUUCCACAGCAAGAUUUGGCCUGUAUAACAACCUUGCCGGCCGGGCACAAAGGUGGACGGGACAGCAAAAGCUGUCGACGGCCUGGACGAUCGCCUGCGCUGGCGCUGCCGGCGGCCUGGCCGGUCUCGUUGGAAACCCGGCAGAAGUAGUCCUCGUCCGGAUGUGCGCAGACGGCGCAAAGGCGCCUGCCGAACGUUUCGCAUACGCAAACGCCUUAGCGGGGUUCUAUCGCAUAGGAAGAGACGAGGGGCUGGCGACAUUUGCGCGUGGCAUGUCUGCGAAUGUUGUGCGAAGCAUUCUGAUGAAUGUUGGACAGAUCGCAACGUUUGUUCCAUCAUAUUCCACGGCGAAGCACCACCUCCUGGCGAGUGGCGGCCUCAAGGAUGAUAUUCGAACACAUACUCUCGCCUCAUUCUUGGCAGGCACUGUCGCCACCACAAUCUGCGCACCCGCCGACGUGCUCAAGAGCAGGAUCCAGAGUGCGUCCGCUGCUGGAUCAGGUGGCAACUCUGUUAUCCAGAUCAUCCGCACAAGCUUGAGGGAGGAGGGUCCUCGCUUCCUCAUGAAAGGCUGGACACCUGCUUGGCUGCGGCUCACGCCAAACACUAUUCUGACGUUCGUAUUCAUGGAACAGCUGAGGAUACUGACACAGUGGAAUUUUGUUCCUGCAGGCGGUACCACUAUGAAGAUUUGA